AGACAAGUGUCCACCAAUCACUUUCAUGGUGCAAUUCUUUGAUUGUUCCUCCAUCCAAUCAAAUACACAAACCCUGUGGGCGCAAUCCACCAAAUAUCUGCCGAUCUUCUCAUCUUCACCCCUCCCCAUCAACUCCCUGACAGCUCGCAUGGCUUCUUCCGAUGCAGAACCACCGCCGCCCGAAGCUCCUCCGAGGCUCCAAGAAAACCAGAAUCAAGAACGCGGCCACAACCCACGACCCCGCGACAGGAUCAUCCUGGUCAACCCGCUGACACAGGACACGGUGGUCGUGGACCCCUCGUCGCCGCCACCGCCCAGCUGGGAGCCGCUGCUCCGCGCGCUGCGGGCCGGCAAGGGCGGCGGCCGGCCGCCGGCGUCGGGAGAGUCCGUGCGGGCCAUGCGGGACGUGAUCAAGAGGACGAGCGAGGGAGGGCGAGAGGAGGAGGGAGAAGAGGAGGAGGAGGAGGAGUGCGCGAUAUGCAUGGAGGAGUUCGAGGAGGGGAGAGAGAUGCCGUGCGGGCACAGGUUCCACGGCGGCUGCAUCGAGCGGUGGCUCGGGAUUCACGGGACUUGCCCGGUCUGCCGGUACCAGAUGCCCGUGGACGAGGCAGCCGCCGCGAGGAAUAGAUGGGAGGACGAUGGCGAAGAAGGCGAAGGAAGAGAACAGGGGAGGAGGGACGUUUGGAUCAGCUUCUCCGUCGUGAGACGAGACAGUUCGAGCUUGAUCGUUCAUCAUCAUCAUCAUCAUCAUCUUCAUCAUCACUACUGAAGGGACGGAGCAUGAGUCGUGUCCUGUCCUCCUGCUGAGUUUUUGUUCUUUUGUUCUUUGUUUUCUUGCAUCGUUCGAGUUUAGGGAAACAGCACUUUGGGCGUGACGUGUGAUGUUGUAAGCCCGGCUUGGAGCCUCCCUCUGAUUGAGUUUUGAUGUUGUUCUUUGUUUACUUUUCUAUUUGGCUUGGCGAAUAAUGGACAUUGGGGCUUCUUGACUA